AUAACUCUCGUAGCUCGGACAAAAAUGGCUGCAAUCAGCUUUUCCUCUUUGCAUGCCUCAGCCUCUCCCCGUGUUUCUCGUCCACAUGUUUCCAGAAAUACCCCUGGCCUUACUCUCUUCUCACCAUCCUUCUCCUUUCCCUCUCUCUCCUUCACACUCCGUGACACAGCCCGGUCUCGACGUCCCUUCUUAAUCGCCUCCGCCGUGAAGACUCUGGGGGAGGCGGAGCAGCUUCCGAUUGCUGAGGCUGAGUCGAUUCCGGAUGAUUCCGGCGUCUACGCUGUCUACGAUAAGAGCGACGAGCUUCAGUUCGUCGGAAUAUCCCGGAACAUCGCCGCGAGUGUCUCUGCGCACCUGAAAUCGGUGCCGGAGCUUUGUGGCUCCGUCAAGGUUGGUAUAGUAGAAGAACCGGACAAAGCGGUUCUAACACAAGCAUGGAAAUCAUGGAUAGAAGAACACAUAAAAGUAACCGGAAAAGUCCCGGCGGGGAAUAAGCAAGGGAACAACACAUGGGUCAAACAGACUCCGAGGAAGAAAUCUGAUAUCCGUCUCACUCCAGGACGCCAUGUCGAGCUCACUGUUCCCUUAGAGGAACUGAUUGACCGGUUAGUGAAAGAGAACAAAGUGGUAGCUUUCAUAAAAGGAUCGAGAAGUGCUCCCCAAUGUGGAUUCUCACAGAGAGUGGUUGGGAUUCUUGAAAGCCAAGGAGUGGAUUAUGAAACAGUAGAUGUUCUUGACGAUGACUAUAAUCACGGGCUAAGAGAGAAGCUGAAGAGUUACAGCAAUUGGCCAACGUUUCCACAGGUAUUUGUGAAAGGAGAACUUUUAGGAGGUUGUGACAUAUUGACCUCAAUGUAUGAGAAUGGAGAACUUGGCAAUAUGUUGAAUUAGUUUCAUCCCAUUUUCUUUCUCUAUAUCUUAGUUGUGUAACUCAAAACAUUUGUAAGUGCGAAUCCUUAUAAACUCUUGGAAUAUCUUUUGUAGCUCUACAAACUUA